AUGGCUGCCACUACCUCCGCGGACGAGCUUGACGGGCUUGACUUUGACGUCUUCGCUCCACCCGCUGCUGCCGCGGCCGCCAACGAGCUCACCCACCGCCCGACCGUUGGUCAGACUCGCCGGGCGUCAUCGCCCGUUGUCUGCGACCGACCUACCUCGGUCCAACGGACGUUGUUUCAUUCUGUCACCGUGGCAGCUCGUGACUCACGGUCAAUCGUCCCUUCCGGGCUGAACGACUAUCGUCCGCGCAUCCCGCUCACCGAGCUCGCCAUCGUUCGUCCGGAUCGGUUUGAACAUGUCGACAUUCCGCUGGGACUGCCCGUCGUUCCGCUCUACGAGGACGACUUUGUUGAUGCACUUCGCGCCUCGCCGGCUUACCCGAGCGCUGCGCUUGCCGCGUUUGAUGGUCAGGACCGCAUUGCCGCCGCCCUCAAUGACAUUGUCUACAUCAACGUGGCGACCAAGAACAAGCGGAACGAGAACAUCGUCACCGAGCCGCUCCCGCUGUCGCGUCUCGUGGUCGAGAUGCUUCUUCGCAUGAACGCCCGAGUCCGCCAGCUCAACAUUGAUGGCAUUCUCGACUCACCGCUGGCACUGCCGCACUGGCGCAACCCCUCGCAGCGCCUCUCGGGCGACAUUGACCGCGCUGCCCGAGCUGCUGGACUUACCUCGGAGGUCUUCUACUCCCGGGAGCUUCGCGGACUUACCACUGCACGGCUUGCCGUUUACCAGCAUGUCCGUGAGACGGUGCUGGCUUCCCGCGACGGCGUCUUCUUCCGCCUGCUUUCGUCGGUGGCUCGCCCGACUGCCGACUCGGACGCGGACGCCUCGGUGGGUCUCAACUUUGACGCCGUCGCCACACCGUCCACCCCGUCAACCUCGUCGCGCUCAACGCGAGUCCGCCGCCAGCCCGACACCCCUGGCUCGGUCGCCCGCGCGGACUGGAACCGAGAGGACAAGGAGACGCUCGCCGAUCUCUUUGCCUACAUGGCCGAGCAGAACGUGCCGCCAUCGCAGCAUGCCGUGCGCAAUUUCCUUGAUCACAAUUCGACCCUGCAGCUCAUCGUUGGCCUCCACGAGAAGGGCUACGACAACGCUCAGAUCGGCAACAAGUACCGCAAUACGCGCAACGCCAUUGUGAACAAGCGUACACAGCCGCAGACCCGCGCCGCUGCUGCUGCUCUCUUCCCAAAGGCAUGGCUCGACGCCAUUGCCACUCGCACCCCGCGUCGCCACAACCACUGA